CUCACCCUUUCUUACCCCACUCAAACCCAAAAAAAAACCCUCUCUUUCUCUCUCUUCCAAAACCUAAUUUUCAUUUUUUCUCUUCAAACAAAUUUUCAAAAUGCGUGAGAUCCUUCACAUCCAGGGUGGCCAAUGCGGCAACCAGAUCGGCGCCAAGUUCUGGGAGGUGGUUUGCGCGGAGCACGGGAUCGACCCCACUGGAAGGUACGGUGGGGACUCAGAGCUUCAGCUCGAGAGGAUCAAUGUCUACUACAACGAAGCCAGCUGCGGCCGGUUCGUGCCGCGCGCGGUUCUCAUGGACCUCGAACCGGGCACCAUGGACAGCGUCCGGUCCGGGCCGUACGGGCAGAUCUUCAGGCCCGACAACUUUGUGUUCGGGCAGUCCGGGGCAGGAAACAACUGGGCCAAGGGGCACUACACUGAGGGUGCUGAACUCAUUGAUUCUGUUCUCGAUGUGGUGCGCAAGGAGGCUGAGAACUGCGAUUGCUUGCAAGGUUUUCAAGUGUGCCAUUCCCUGGGAGGAGGAACUGGAUCAGGAAUGGGUACCUUGUUGAUUUCUAAGAUCAGGGAAGAGUACCCAGAUAGGAUGAUGCUUACUUUCUCUGUUUUUCCUUCUCCAAAGGUUUCGGACACUGUUGUGGAACCCUACAAUGCUACUCUCUCUGUUCACCAGCUUGUUGAAAACGCAGACGAGUGCAUGGUGCUUGACAAUGAAGCUUUGUAUGACAUUUGCUUCCGUACCCUCAAGCUAACCACCCCAAGCUUUGGUGACUUGAACCAUUUGAUCUCAGCUACAAUGUCUGGUGUCACUUGUUGUUUGAGGUUCCCUGGUCAACUUAACUCUGAUCUGCGAAAGCUUGCAGUGAACCUUAUUCCCUUCCCUCGCCUCCACUUCUUCAUGGUUGGAUUUGCUCCUUUGACAUCUCGUGGCUCUCAGCAAUACAGGGCCUUGAGUGUUCCAGAGCUGACACAGCAAAUGUGGGAUUCAAAGAACAUGAUGUGUGCUGCUGACCCUCGACAUGGCCGCUACCUCACUGCCUCAGCCAUGUUUAGAGGCAAGAUGAGCACCAAGGAAGUCGACGAACAGAUGAUCAAUGUGCAGAACAAGAACUCCUCCUACUUUGUUGAGUGGAUUCCUCACAACGUGAAAUCCACAGUCUGUGACAUUCCCCCAACUGGCUUGAAGAUGGCUUCAACAUUCAUUGGUAACUCUACCUCCAUUCAGGAAAUGUUCCGUAGAGUGAGUGAGCAAUUCACUGCUAUGUUUAGGAGGAAGGCUUUCUUGCAUUGGUAUACCGGGGAAGGCAUGGACGAGAUGGAGUUCACAGAGGCUGAGAGCAACAUGAACGAUCUCGUGUCGGAGUAUCAGCAGUACCAGGAUGCCACUGCUGAUGAGGAUGAGUAUGAAGAGGAAGAGGAGGAGUUUGCCCAACAUGAUAUGUGAAUUUGAACUUGGGUGUGGUGUAUUGCGGUGGCUUUAGACAAGAAGAUGGAUAACAAGCUGCAACUUCCUGUUGCCGGUUGAUGAUUGUCUCUUUUGAGGGGAUGGUUUUGUUCCGGCUAGAUCUAGUUUCUAUUACUGUUCUAUAAAACUGAUUCUGGUUUGUUUCCGUUUUUAUGUAUAACCUGUUGGUAGGGAAGACAAUAUAAAACUGCUAUUAUUUAAAGCUCUAAAUGUUUGAUCCAUCUAAAUGCUCGAUGAUCAGUGUUCUUUU